GGCAAGGGCAGCAGACGUGGCUGUGCGUGGUGCCUCUGUUCAUCGGCUUCAUCGGCCUGGGGCUCAGCCUCAUGCUGCUCAAAUGGAUCGUGGUGGGCUCCGUCAAGGAAUACGUGCCCACCGACCUGGUGGACUCCAAGGGGAUGGGCCAGGACCCCUUCUUCCUCUCCAAGCCCAGCUCCUUCCCCAAGGCCAUGGAGACCACCACCACGACCACUUCCACCACGUCUCCAGCCACCUCCGCCGGCAGCGCCGCCUCUUCCAGAACGCCCAACCGGAUUAGCACCCGGCUGACCACCAUCACGCGGGCGCCCACUCGCUUCCCCGGGCAGCGGGUGCCCAUCCGGGCCAGCCCGCGCUCCACCACGGCACGGAACACUGCGGCCCCCUCGACGGUCUUGUCCACGACAGCCCCUUUCUUCGGUAGCAGCACUCCGGGCUCCCGACCCCCGGUGCCAGGAACUCCCAGUACCCCGGCCAUGCCCUCCUGGCCCACUGCGGCAUACGCUACCUCCUCCUACCUUCAUGAUUCGACUCCCUCCUGGACCCUGUCUCCCUUUCAGGAUGCUGCCUCCUCGUCUUCCUCCUCCUCGUCUUUCUCCUCUACCACCACCACGCCAGAAACUAGCACCAGCCCCAAAUUUCAUACGACGACAUAUUCCACUGAGCGAUCUGAGCACUUCAAACCCUGCCGAGACAAGGACCUUGCCUACUGUCUCAAUGAUGGCGAGUGCUUUGUGAUUGAAACCUUGACUGGAUCCCAUAAACACUGUCGGUGCAAAGAAGGCUACCAAGGAGUCCGUUGUGAUCAAUUUCUGCCGAAAACUGAUUCCAUCUUAUCGGAUCCAACAGACCACUUGGGGAUUGAAUUCAUGGAGAGUGAAGAGGUUUAUCAGAGGCAGGUGCUGUCAAUUUCAUGUAUCGUCUUUGGAAUUGUCCUCGUGGGCACGUUCUGUGCGGCAUUCUACUUCAAAAGCAAGAAACAAGCUAAACAAAUUCAAGAGCAACUGAAAGAGCCACAUAACGGUAAAAACUACAGUCUCAAAGCAUCCAGCACGAUGGCAAAGUCAGAGAACUUGGUGAAGAAUCAUGUCCAGCUGCAAAAUUAUUCAAAGGCGGAAAGGCAUCCCGUGACUGCAUUGGAGAAAAUGAUGGAGUCAAGUUUUGCCGGCCCCCAGUCAUUCCCAGAGGUCCCUUCUCCCAACAGAGGAAGCCAGUCUGUCAAACACCACAGGACUCUCUCCUCUUGCUGCAGCCCAGGGCAAAGGAGUGGUAUGCUCCAUAGGAAUGCCUUCAGAAGGACACCCCCCUCACCCCGAAGUAGGUUGGGCGGAAUCGUGGGACCAGCAUAUCAGCAACUCGAGGAAUCAAGGGUCCCAGACCAGGAUACGAUACCUUGCCAAGGGUAUUCAUCCAGUGGUUUAACAACCCAACAAAAUGCAUCAAUAAAUAUGCAACUGCCUUCGAGAGAGACAAACUCCUAUUUUAAUAGCUUGGAUCAAACGGACCUGAUGGGAUAUUCAUCCCCAAGGGCCAGUUCUGUGCCCAUCAUCCCCUCAGUGGGUCUAGAGGAAACCUGCAUGCAAAUGCCAGGGAUUUCUGAAGUCAAAAGCAUCAAAUGGUGCAAAAACUCCUACUCUGCUGAUAUUGUCAAUGUGAGUAUUCCAGUCAGCGAUUGUCUUAUAGCAGAACAGCAAGAAGUGAAAAUAUUGCUAGAAACUGUUCAGGAGCAGAUCCGAAUUCUGACUGGUGCCAGGCGGUCAGAAGACUACGAACUGGCCAGCGUAGAAACCGAGGACAGUGCGAGUGAAAACACAGCCUUUCUCCCCCUGAGUUCCACAGCCAAAUCAGAACGAGAGGCCCAAUUUGUCUUAAGAAAUGAAAUACAAAGAGACCCUGCAUUGACCAAGUGACCUGAGAUGUAAGAAUCUGUGCAUUCUAUGCUUUGCUCAACAGGAAAGAGAGGAGAUAAAAUACAAAUUAUUUAUAUGCAUUAAUUUAAGAGCAUCUACUUAGAAGAAACCAAAUAGUCUAUCACCCUCAUAGUGUUUUUUAACAAAAUAUUUUUUUAAAGGGAAAGAAACGUUUCAGGAGGGAUAAAGCUUACCACUAAAGCUUUUGGGUAGAAUUUUGAAUACAAUUUCAUUUAGUCCCAAUGCUGUCCUCUUUGGCUCUUAGUAGAUGUGGGCGAUUCAGACUCUCAGCCCCACAGUGCCAGUGACCUCAUAGAAAAGUGCUGGCAGUUACCC